UUGACUUUCGAUGCGAGUCUCGCGGCACGUAUUAAGCGGCGAUUGAGAGAGAUAGGAGUAGGUAGAGGAACAAGAGAGAAAAAGAAGAGGAGCGAGUGAGCGAGAGGACGAGUGGGCGCGUGAGCGAGCGAGAGGGCGAGCGCGCGCGAGAAAGAGUGAGAGUGAGCCGCCGCGGUCGGAUAUGGCGGAGUAGCGGCGUGCGCGUUUCUGUUCGUUAAAAAGCCGCGAUGUCGUUCGUGAAGUAUUUGCGGAACGUCGGCAAAUGUCAGACGGCUCGUUGACGUGCGCGUCUUCGCGGAGGACUGUUUCCGUUUGUCAAACCGUCGUCAGCGCCGUCGCCGUCGCCGGACCGACUUUCCUAACCUAUCAUCGCGUGGAGUCCUUGGUCUUGUGUACGACCGAGAGGUAGUGAUCUUUCGCGCAGACAGCUCCUCGGGCCUCUCUUUUGUUUCCGUCAUAGCCGUGAAGUUGCUGCUAAAACAAUCUCGCGACCGUUGAGUUGGCGCCGCGAAGAUCAUUGUUGUUAGGUUAUUCAGAGACAGCGAUCAUGUUGAUCUAACCCUCGUCACUUUUUCUUCGUUAUCUGUUUCUUCUCGCGCUUUGGUGAGCUGUUAAAUAAAUUAGUGGCAUCGUAGUCUCAGCCUUAGUUUCACUGACGACAAUCUGUGCCUGAAGUGUGAUAGUCUGCAUAACUUUGUCAACCUGCUGUGUCAACUAGUGUUGUGUCAAGCUCCAAUUGCAGCGUAAGGAUGUCCUUGGUUUGCGUCGUCCUUGUGUGAUAUCGUCAAACAGCAGCGAACUAUGCCAACAAGAAAUGAUUUGCUGUCAGACGACCUGCAUAUAAAACGUUUCAAGAUUAAUAUGGGCGUGGUACGCCCAAGCGGCUUAAUAUUUACAUAAAUGGCGAAGCUUUAAAAAAAUUUGCAAGAGCGCUUCGCAGCUAACCAGCGCCCUCUGAUUCCGCUGAGCACGUUUGCCGUGCUGUGACAAUAGAACCCUUCUUUGAAAUCCCAGCAGUUCUUCUUUUAUUUAUACGCACUCGGACAGAGGCAGAUGUUUCCUGACUGGUUCGUCGGAUGAAAGACGGUUGAACAGAGACUCGUGUACGUUAGUUUCUUCGUGGCCUUCGACGAAUGUACAAUGUCAAACAAUCCAGCUCCCAGUGAAAAUAAAAAAUCCUCGCGACAUAAAUAUAAAUGGACUAGAUAUUAUAGGAGGAAAUACCCUAAAUUUAGGGGUGUUCAGUUUCAAAAAUUGUGUGACAAGGGAUCUCAUUCUACAUCAUCGAAGAGAAUAAAAUUGGACGACGACGGAGACAUCGAAUUCGAUGAGACGCGCGGCUAUCGAUUUGUAGAUUUUAUUAACGUUUUCUCGGCGCUGUCACAAUUUUUAAUUUGUAAAGACUGUCAGAAAGAUGUGAAGUUCGAAGAAAGAACUAUGAAGGGACUUGGAUUCCAGUUGGUGGUAAUUUGUGAGUGUACGUCGAGGUUCGUUAACUCGUGUCCGAUAGUAAACAAUACUUACGAAAUCAAUCGAAGGUUUGUAUUCGUGAUGCGGCUGUUAGGCGUUGGUAAACACGGAAUUAAUCUUUUUUGCGGGUUCAUGGAUCUAUGUCAAAGAUUUUCAACGACUAUAUAUUGUUCGUCGUUGUAUCAUAUAGAAAAUGCGUCGAAAUAUGUGUACGAGGAAGUUUUGAAGAAAGCUGUCGAGGAAGAGAAGAAAUUGACUGCAGAAAAGUACGGGACGGAAAAUGCUACGAGACUGACGGUAUCUGGCGAUGAUACAUGCAAGAAACGAGGGUUUUCAUUUCGCUUUAGCAUGACUACUCUUAUCGGCAACUUAUCUAAUAAAGUCAUUGAUCUUGUGCUCAAGUCGAGCUUUUGCCAGUCUUGCAAUGAUCACAAAAGUAAGAAAGGAACUCAGGAGUACAAUAUUUGGUAUGACAGCCACGAAGAAGAGUGCGCGAAUAAUUGUAAAGGAAAUAGACGGAUGAAGAUCGAUGCCUUGAAAGAAAUGUUUGGACGAUCAGUCGAGCAGCAUGGGAUUAAGUACGUUUCAUACAUCGGCGAUGAUGAAGGAUACAAAGCGAUCGUUGAGUUCAAUCCUUACGGCGACGAUGAGCUCGUGAUAAAGAAAGAAUGUGUCGUAUACUUACAAAAGGUAAUGGCUGUAAAAUUACGCAAAAUCAAAAAGAACAAGAACCUCAGUGGCGAAGGAGUCGGUAAGCUUACAGAUGACGUUAUCAAAGAACUUAUAAUGUAUUAUAAUUUAGCCGUUCGGAGGAAUACCGAUUCUUUGGAGAAUAUGAAGAGAGCUAUUUGGGCCAGAUUUUAUCACCGAAGUUCCACCAAUGAGAGGCCACAUCAUGAAUUUUGUCCCAAAGGUCUUGACAGUUGGUGUAAAUGGCGUCAUGCUGAGGCAAAUGGCACUACAGCCGAAUUUUACCACGAACCUCCUUUGGACAAGAACGUAUUGAGAGCAAUCAAGCCAGUUUACGAGAGCUUAUCAGCUUCAUCUCUGUUGGAACGUUGUUUAGGAGAUUUUAAUCAGCACAGUAAUAAAAGUUUCAACUCAACGUUCUGGAAGAUAGCGCCGAAGGACUUGUACUCGGAGCCACAAAUUAUCACUAUCGCGUCUUAUCUGGCCACGAUUGUUUUCAAUGAAGGAUGUUUCCCUUUAGUGACGGUCCUCAAACUUAUGGGGGUGAAAGUUGGUCUAUAUGCGAAAGUUUGUUGUGAAUAUAGUAAUGGAGAACGCAUUGAAGCUGCAGGGAGUUCAUCGGCCACGUGCGAAGAAAAUUUAUCCGACAGACAAUUGCAAUCCGCCGAGAAAGACGAGGAUUUGGAGGAAUCAUUACAUGGUUCUGAGACAUCUGAUUAGGAUCAG